GUGCGUGCACAGACGUUCACUUAAGCUCCCGAAUGCUUUCAAUAGGUCUAAAACCCUAACGCUACCACGCUCGACCAUUAGGCUCGUUUUCGUCGUCUCUCUCCCAUCGAGGUUGCGAAUUUUGGACCCCCUUGGGAAAUUUUCGGUUGUGCCCAGGCGACGUUAUUGUUUGUUGCGAUGGACGGUAGCAUGUCUGCUCCCCCUCCCGAGCCUGUCACCUACCUUUGUGGUGACUGUGGAGCAGACAAUACCUUGAAACCUGGGGAUGUGAUCCAGUGUCGGGAGUGUGGUUAUCGCAUCCUUUACAAGAAGAGGACAAGGCGCACUUUUUAUGUCCAGCAUUUGGGUGGAACAGCUCAUCAUCGUCUACUUAACUUUGCAGUUGUCCAAUUUGAGGCUCGCUGAAGAGAGUUCCAGCUCUAGUUGAAGCAAAAUCUGUUUCCUGAGUGGAAUCUGAUGUCAACCGCCUCCUUUCGCAAUGAAAAGAGGGCUUUUGGAUUGCUUACGGACAAUUUCGACUUAGUUUGACAGAUAUUAGGAUGUGGAAUUUUAGGCACCUGUAUUUCAACAUGUGCUCUUAAAUCCGGCAGGUUGCUACAUAGGUGUAUUAUUAGUAAUUAAAGCUAAAAGAAAAUAUGACGCGAACAUUAUAGGCACUGUGAUCGUUAUUUAUCCUCCGUCUCUCUACUAUCUUGCCUUUUUGGUAGAUUAUUGGAAUUUGAAAAAUGCGUAUGUUUACAAAUAACUGAAGGUAUCGUUGUAUUUCUAACAUUCACAUUUUGGUCCAUUCAAUGAGAAAGAAAGUUAAUUCUUA